GACGGCAGCUGAACCAGGAUCCUCAGGAGCAGAGGACUCAGCAGGAGGCCCAACAAGCGCUGGAGAGCCCACAGGAACCAGAACUGGAGGACCCGGAGGAACCAGAGCCGGAGGGCCACAGGAACCAGAGCUGGAGGGCCCACAGGAACCAGAACUGGAGGGCCCACAGGAACCAGAGCUGGAGCACCAGCAGGAGCUGAAGCAGGAGGUCCAGCAUCAGAGGGGUGGGGAAGGUGGGACUCAGAAACCCCCAGAGCUGUCAGUUCUGAAGGACACCCUGAAGAAAAGAGUCCCCUGAGGCCAGCUAGCUCACCCUGCAUCCCCUCCAGGAGCCCCAGGAUCUUUGAGAGGGGAGAAGCUGGCAGGGCACAAGUUGUGGGUGGAGAGGAGAAAAACUGCCUGCUGGGUUCAGCUGUUGGUCGGGUCGUUCUGUUAUGAUUUUCAGUCAGGAAUGAACCCAUGAUGCAGAUUAAAGGUUCCAAAAAAACAAAGAAUUUAUUUAACAAAAAAGGUGCUGACUGGGCAGCUCAAAAAACUCUGA